UCUCUCUCUCUCUCUCUCAUCCUCCCCACAGCGCUUCACUUUGCGCAUGUACGGCUCACACUUCACAUUACAUCCACACCAAGAUGGCGUUAACGCGGCUAUAUUGUCUUCUGGCUCUCCUCACCAUACAAUGCUAUGUCAGCAUCUUGGCAGUGGUACUGAAAACUGCAAAUUCUUCACCACAGGCCAAUGAGUUUGAAUCAAUUGAGCUGUCCUGUCUGAUAGAAUCUAUCUCCACGACCGGUCCCAGAAUUGAAUGGAAGAAGAUUAAGAAUGGGAAAACAAGCUAUGUCUAUUUUGAAAACAAAAUAUCAGGUGACUUGGAGAACAGAGCAAAGAUUCGCGAGCCUGCAACUUUAGUCAUUCUUAAUGCAACAAGAUUAGACACUGCAUCGUACCGCUGUGAGGUCACAGCCACUGGUGACACUAAAAUCUUUGAUGAGAUUGUGAUAAACCUCUCGAUUAGAGUAAAGCCAGUGACUCCUCGGUGCUCCGUGCCUACGUCUGUGCCGGUGGGGAAGUCAGCUGAGCUGACGUGUAUGGAGGAUGAGGGCUUCCCCAAGUCCCACUACCAGUGGUUUCGCAACAAAGAGGAGAUCCCUGUGGACCCCAAGAGCAGCCCUAAGUUCUUCAACUCGUCCUACAUGCUGAACGGGAAAACGGGCGUGCUGAAAUUCAAUGCAGUAAGGAAAGAGGACUCCGGACAUUACUACUGCAGAGCCAAGAAUGAGGCAGGAGUCGCCGAGUGCAGCCCGCAGAUGAUGGAAGUCUAUGACCUGAACAUUGUUGCCAUCGUUCUGGGUGUGCUGGUGGUAGUGCUGGUGCUGUUGUGCAUAAUAGUGGGCAUCUGCUGUGCGUACAGGAGAGGUUUCUUUGCCAGCGAGAAGCAGACAGGAAGCAAUUACAAAGCACCAGGAAAGGCUGAGGGAGUGGAUUACAUCCGAACAGAUGAUGAGGGCGAUUUCAAACACAAAUCAUCAUUCGUCAUCUAAAAUCAGGGAGAGACGCUGACGAGAAACACCCUGAAAUACAUUAAUGGAGUCAUUAGCGCAAUACCUUGCAGAUAAUGAGGGACAAACACACACAAACACACUGAGGAAAAAGACUCUUAGCUGUGCCAGGACAUGGUUUACAUCACAGCACAUUUGCUACAACACAAUUCAUAUUUGCCAAAGCGGACAAAAAAGUCCCGUUUCAACCUAGAAGCAUUAAUCUCCAUAAGUCCACUGACGUUUUUCCUCUUUAAACCAACUUUUUUUGACUCAUUUCUUCACUUUGCUUUCUUUUUAGUCAGAAUUCUGCAGAAUUGCGUAACGUUUUUUUGCUUUAAAUUGCUUGUCGUUUUUUCGAUCAUUUUUGUUUUGUACCAGUUAAAUGUGUCAGAAUAUUUUUUUGAUAGAAUAUAUUUUGAAAUGCUUAGAUGUUUACUUUUUUAAGAAAAAUUUUUGUUUUUGUUUUUUUGUACGUUACUAACAUGGAAGCCAGUAUAUUUUAUAGACCAAUUUGGUGUUUGAAAGAAGCUAAUCAUUUUGACCACUCUGUAGUUUUUCUAAAUAAAUCACUUCUAAAUUAUUGACAUCUGUUGAUGCUCUCACUUGAGCUUGAAAUCAGGGCCAGGUUUAGGGGGAUGCUGGAUCGGGCUAUUUUUUAAAUCCUUUUUUUUUUUAAUGCAUUAAUUAAAAACAUAAUACAUUAUAUUAAUUCAAUAUAAAUAUUAAUAUUAAUUCAUAUUAAAUAUGGGACAAAUGCAGCCUGCUGCCUCGUUUCGUUCAGGCCAGGUGAACUACUUAACUUUUUUUUUUCUUUUUUUUUUUACUUGGGAAAAAAAGUGUGAAAAAAUAAUAAUAAAAUGAUUGUUUUCAUGAUCGUGUACGACACAAUCUACCGUCAAACAAUCUUGGCAUUUUGACUGCACCCCCAAGCAAGACCGGUUAAAUCCAGCCCUGUUGGAAAUUCAGUGUCAUAUCCAGUGAUAACAUUUUCAAAGGUCUUACCUACUUAGUUUACUGUUGCAGGCGGAAUAGUUUUAGCAUAGGGUUCCAUGUUAAUUUUUGUAGAUAGUCUUAGACUGUAAGGAUCUUUUUUUUUCUUUUUGAAUCCAGCAGAAAACACCUUAAACAGCCCAAGCUGCGUAUCCUUGAGUUUAAGUGUCCUUGUUGAUCAUGUAUAUAGUGAAUAUACUGUCCAGGUAGUGGGGUUUAUUUCCCUUUCUUUUCCCUAUUGGUCUUUUACUUCUUGAGAAGUAGUUUCAAUAUUUAAAAAAAAAGAAUAAUAAAACAGGGUUUUUAUGUUUGGCUAAUAAAAAUCUGCGAUGGUUGUAUGUUAAUUCAUUUGUACCUUCCCUCAUGUGGGAAUAAAAUACAUUUAGUUCAGUUUUAGAUAUGAAGAGGAAAAGAAGAGGCAAAUAUGACACUCUUUUCACAAUUUCAGGUGAACUAAUCAUGUGAGAGAGAGGAUCUGCCUUACAGGCUGCAUUUGAUUCCUGUAUCAGAAUGAACUACAAUUCACACAAAAUGUCAGAUACAAUUUAUGAUUUUCAAAGUACAAUCCCCACAAGUACAGUUCAUAAAUAAUGAAAACCAUUUUCGGUUUGUUUUGUUUUAAUUGUCUUGUCUUUUUCUUUUCCAUAUUUGAGUCGAUUACUUACUCUAAGAAUCAUUAAUCAUUCCUCUUGAGUGCCUUUCUGUGUGGUCCUAUGAUAAAGAUAAUGUUUAUUGUGUUCUAUAUAAAUAGUGACUCGUUAUAUACUGUGACGUCUAAUUGGACACAUCACUGUUCAAACUGACUGAUUUUCUAAUCAAUUUUAUAACAUUUGUAUAAAUCACAACAGGUGUUUGAGAGGAAUGAUAGGGUAUUCUGAUAUACAGCACAUAUCCAACUCUGGUUGUUUGUAAAUAGAUUUCAAUCUUCUCGUGUGCUGAUUUAAUGACUACCCUUUUUUUUUUUUUUUUUUUUUUUUUGUGUCAAUGAAGUAGAAAUAGAGCUUGGAUAUUGUAUUAGUGCCUAAAUAUAGAGUGAAGUGGUGUUCCAAGAAGACACUUUGAUAAUGGCAGUGUAAAAACGUGUAUUACAUUAUACAGGUGUUUAAUGGAGUGUUGAGUUAACAACAGGAAUUGAGUGAGGUGAGAAUAUGUUGAUAUAGAGUACAAAGCUUUACCAAAUACUGACUGAAUAAAGGACAUUUUUCUCUUUCUGUAAUUUCCUGCACUGAAGUCUUGACAAAGGAGGUUUAAUUGUCGGUUGAGGUUAAAUUGACAUAUUGCGCCCUUUUUCAAUCCUGAAUCUACAUUUUUCGCCUUGCAUUGAUAUAGGCUGGUGCAAAUCCUGUGUGAAUUCUUGAACAGUAGCUAAUGUUUGUGAUUAAUAAAACUUACUUCUUAAGAA